UUUGGUACAGUUCUGCGAAAAAGGUUUAAUUUCCCGAAUAUGACAAUCGUCUGACUGGUGGUGUGGGCGGAGUUUGCAAAACCUGAGCAGAAUGAAGUGUCUAGGCAAUGUAGCGCCGGGCGUCUAUAGCCUAUGAGCAGCCUCGCCGUGCGUGUCAACACAGCUGAGCGAUGACUCAAGCGGUCUAGCAUUGGCUCUGAAAAAGACCCACCAGUUGCUCUCCUGGUCAUUCAUUUAGAAGGGAAUAUUCGAACCUAACACGGUUGAAUUCCGAGACGUCAAUCAAGAAAACAGUAUUUUUUUUAAUUCUUUUUUUUGCACAAUUAUUUUAUCUCAGAGAUUCCCAAAUAGGCUACCGCAGGAAGGGCAUGUUAAUGUCUGCACGGAGGCCGUUGCUGUGGAAGUAUGUUCACUUUGCCCUGGGCUUCAGAGUCCUGAUCCUGGCUGUCUUAUCAGAUCUCACCGCAGGCCGGCAGUGGAACUGCAGCCACCCCAUGGUCCCCGAGCACGGCGGUUUCCGCUGCGAACCCUCCCCCUGCCGCGGCUUCCCGCUGAAGAGCGCCAUCCACUACUUCUGUGAGCCGGGCUACUCGCUCCCGGCCGGCGUGCACAGCUCCCGCUGCCGCCGAGGGGGGUGGUACCCCAGCGUGCCCACCUGCCUCCCCAGCCCAGAGGACAGAGCAGCCAACUCUCUCCCCAGCGUUGCUACCACAGCUGUCGGCGUCUCCAUCUUCCUUCUAACCACCACUGCCUGCAUGGUGAUCAAGUCCCGCCUUUACCCCUGUCAUUCACACAAGAGAUCCUCUGACCAGAUGGACCUGAUGGUAGACGGCCUGCCUGUCUCACUGCCCACCUACGAAGAGGCCAUGUACGGGAGCUGGGGCCAGCGUCUCCCGCCCUGCCAAGGCCCAACCCAGCUCUUAUUGGCCCAGGAAGCCCCUGGGAUGCGUCCGCCGGCACCCCGCAGCCAAUCGGAGUCAGGCAGCUCCUGCCAGUCGCCCAGUCCGAACGCAGAGCUGCCACCUCCUCCUUAUGAAGAGGUGCCCUCCCACCCCCGGGGUGUCCGCAGGGAGGACAACGGACAUGCACGGCAAAUCGAACUUUCUGCUCAAAAGGACAGUUAGGUUGAGCGUCUGUAGAGAGAUUAUCAAACAAUGAUCUACUGUUCGUAAACCCCUGUGUCCAAGGACUCUGUGUCAUAGCUGCUGUGACAGUGAUGUGGAGUGUGGGAUCAGGAGGUUCUUAAUCCACUAGGCCUCAGUAUCUGGAAUGUUCCAAUUUGGUGGUUGCUUUGGGAGUUUGCUGAGUGGGAAACCAGUGCCUACAACCUGCCUUCCCAUAGCAACACCCAGGACAUCUCAGGGCACUGCUUGCUAGUCAAUGAGUAGAUUAUUUCUGAUUGAUAUGUCUUGAUACUGUUGUUUGUUUCCAGCGACAGGCUGGGAACAUGAACUGUGUUAUCCUGUCAGGGAUGGGACCAUGUCCAGGCCAGUGCAGCUGCUUCGUGAAGCGUGUGGGUGCAGUCGUCCUAACCGUCUUAUUAUAUUUAGUGACUUGUGUCCAUGUAUCAGUUGUGCAGAGAUCUGAGACGUGUAAAAUUGAGCGUAGUUGGAGAGCCCGCCAUACCUACAGACGUGACUCAUCUGUGUACUGAGCGACUGGCAGGAUGGGGUCAGGAUGUAAGGCUGUCGUCACGGAGCUCAAUCUGAGGGCAAAUCUGACCAAAUUUGAGUGGAGUGGAAAUUUACCUACAGCCUGUGCUCUCACCAAAUUCUGCCAUUUUGGACGACCGGGCAACAGGCUACACCAGGCAAGCGCCAUUGAAUGUGCUUUCUUUUUUUUUUUAUGGAAAAAAAAAAAUAUAUAUAUAUUUGUAAUGUAAUAUUUACAUCAACUUUGUAUACAACAUUGCACAGAAAUAUACUAAAUCCUACAUGUUUGUAAUUGUAA